AUGAUCUCCCCGCCCGAUGACGAGCUGCCAGAAACGACAGGUCCUCCUGCUCAAGAUGCGUCGGACUGUACCAAACUCGACGAGAAGCCCAACAGUGCUGCGGAUGUCGGGGAGCCAUACACUGCCGAGGAAGAGAGAGCGGUCGUGCGCAAGAUCGAUCUUACAAUUUUGCCCAUGAUGUGUGCCGUUUUCUUUCUCCAGUAUUUGGACAAGCAGAGUUUAAGCUAUGCGAGUAUUUUUGGUCUCAUUACGGAUUUGAAAAUGACCAGCCAAGAAUACUCUUGGUGUAGCUCCAUAUUCUAUGUUGGCCAGCUCAUUGCCGAGUAUCCAUUUAUCUACCUGAUGAGUCGGCUCCAUCUUACCAAGUUUGUUGGCGUGACGGUGGUCGUCUGGGGCGCUAUCUGCAUGUGCCUUGCUGCUCCAACGAACUUUGCCGGGUUCGCCGCCGUCAGAUUCUUGCUAGGAUUCGCCGAGGGUGCGGUGUCGCCGGCAUUUAUCACGAUCACUAGUGUAUGGUACCGCAAAAGUGAGCAUGCCUCUCGAACAGCGCUCUGGAUUACAAUGAACGGCGUGGCACAAAUCAUCGGCUGCUUGCUCAUGUAUGGCAUUGGAAAGAACACGUCUUUGCCUCUUGCUCCCUGGAGAGUGCUCUUCCUCAUUUGUGGCGCCCUGACCUCUGCUGCCGGAGUCGUCUUCUUUAUUCUCAUGCCUAAUGGGCCUAAAGAUGCAUGGUUUCUUGACGCUCGACAGAAAGAGGUCUUGUCCGUACGGAUGGUCCGAGAUCGAGAAGGCGGCGACAAGACAAAUUUCUCAGUGGCCCAGCUGAGGGAGGCCCUGACCGACCCAAAGUCGUGGUUUGUCUUUGCGUUUGGGGUGCUUGUCACGAUGCAGUCUCCCGUGCUCACGUUUGCUUCACUUGUAAUCAACAAUAUUGGUUACGACAAGUAUCACACAAUGCUGUACACAGCUCCAUCAGGUGCAGUCCAGAUCGCCAUGCUCUGGAUUGGCGUGCUCGGAUGCAUCUUGAUGCCGCGAAACCGCACACUUGUUGCCCUGGCCCUCGUGCUUCCGCCCCUCGCAGGCACCAUCUGUCUCUUGAAGCUGUCCCUGGGCGCUGGCUGGGGAAUGAUCACCGCGUCGUGGCUGUCAUCCUGCAUCACUGCGCCAUGGUCCAUUCUCAUCUCCCUGACAGCCUCGAACGUCAAGGGAAACACGAAGCGGUCCAUCGUCAACGCCAUGUUCUUCAUCGGGUACUGUGCGGGCUGUAUUGGGGCGCCGCAGUUGUGGACGCAUAAGCCGAGAUACUUCUCUGGGGUUGUCACCGCCAUUGUGACGUGGUGUCUGUUGUUUACGACUAUUCUUUGGUAUCGGUUUGUUUGCGACAAAGACAAUUCCAAGCGGGCGGCCGAAGAGAACGCCGGUAAUGGUGUGGCGCAGGAUGCCCGUGGGGGGCAAGUGUUAUUGGAUGGAACAGGUGCGCUCAAGAGUGAUUUGACGGACAGGGAGGAUCGGCUAUUCCGGUACGCGUUGUAG